AUGUAUUAUGCUUCCAUUAUGGUUUUCAUACUAAUGCUCCACUCAUAUCCAUCUUGGGGUAUAGGCCGACACCAUCGAGUACCACUUAGCACCUUCCCAGUUCUUCCAGGUAACCAAGUGGAAACUUCACAGCCCCCGGACACAAAAGGAGACCAGGAAACUGGAGUUGUUGUCUCUCCACUUGGUUCUGCCGUUGAUCGUCUUCGCCGAUGGGCCGCCAACCAGGCUGGAAGUGCUCUGGCUUCUACUGCAGGACGUUCUGGUGGCGGCUUCCGUGCUCUCCUCCGCCGACAAACUGGUUUUAUGGGCGCCUCCAGACUAGGAUUGUAUGUCAGGCCCAGUCCCGAGACGGUCACGCCAGCCUCGCGCAAUCUUUCUCGCCCUGUUUUGCCGCUGGGUAGUCGGGCCUCUGUGCUCGUACAGCGAGUUGGCAACUCUUUUGGCUUGCCUGGACAGACGAGUGGACAGCAGUCACUAGAUGCACCUGACAACGAAAAAGAGAAUACUAUUGUCCCGGCCGUUGCAGCCUGCCAACCACUGCCGCCUGCACUAUGGUUUCGGGCUGGUAGAUCGGCAGCCACCACACCAACUUCGAGUGGUCCAAUGGAGGAUUUACCUCCUCUUCCACCUCCAGUAAUGGCGCAUUCUCUCUCAGGGCGACUGACUGGGAUGUGUCGAAACUGUAGUACAGAUGACCUUGAAUAUAAGGCUAGCUUUCUGUUGAUUAAAAUUAUUUCUUAUAACGUUAUGUAUUUUAUAUAUUUGCACUACUUGUAA